AAUUCAAAAAUCCAAUAAAAUAAUAAUUAAAAAAAUGUUUGCCAAAUUAAUUUUUGUUAUUCUUCUUCUUCAACUAAUUCUGAAAAAAGAAAAUAAAUUAGUCGAUGCUCAAUGGCAAUUAAAUGUUGACAAAAAUGCUAGUACUGUAAGCUGGGAUCGACUACUACAUCACACAAAACCACCUCGUCCUCUUCCUAAUAAUAACCCUGAAAAUAAAAGUGAAUCUGAUUGUGAGAAAAAAGGCUCAAAACAACCUCCUAUAGAAUUUAUACAAGGAGGGAUAUAA